UCAGUAUACCUCCUUAGCUUGCUUCCUAGCUUGCUCCUCAUUAUAACCAAGAGCCCUUGCUUUCUUUUGGUCUUCAUCAAACACUCCUUUCCUCGCCUUCCUUCUCCAUCAACAGCAGACUGAAUAUAUACUUCACUCAUGAUUUCGAAUUCAAUCGCAAGCACCAACUCCACUCUGGUGCCUGACCACACUGACCAGGCUAAAGAGGGCGGGCAGGUCGACAGGACCGAAGCACCGCCAAGGACACAGAAGAGCACACUCGAGUCCGACAGCCUUUCUGACCUCGCUUCAGAUUACAGUCCUGAUACUGGGCUAUCUAAACUACCUAUUACUGAAGCAGCUGUGCACAAAACUGCAUCGGCAACCGAGCCUUCAAGUUCAGUCUCUUUUUCGUCCUCGAUUUUGGCUUCUGAACACCUAAAUGAGAACAACAAGAGGGUCAUCUCCCUAACCGCACAAUGGAAUGGUAAGAAGCUGCCGUUUGAAGUUGACCUUCACUACACAAUCGGAGAGCUAAAGAAUAGGCUGAUGGAACUCACAAACGUGGAGCCAAAGCGGCAAAAGCUCAUGCUCGUACGAGGGAAACUGCCUGAGGAUCAUGUUGUCCUGUCGUCCUUGUCGCUAAAGAACAACCAGACGUUCUUGAUGAUGGGUACGCCCGAGGCUAGGGUUAUCAAAGCACCAGAAAUCUUGCCGGACGUGUUAAAUGAUCUGGAAGAAGAUUAUACCCCCGAUGAUGAGGCGUUCGCCAGCAUGGCUCAGAACCAAAAGAGCCUCAAGAAUACGAUUGCCAAAUGCAACAUCAACAUCAUGAAUCCGCUGCGUCCAGGCAAGAAACUGCUGGUGCUGGAUCUGGAUUAUACGCUCAUCGACUGCAAAGCACUCAAUAACUCGUUGGCGGAUGUCAUGCGGCCGGGUCUGCAUGACUUUAUGGCGGUGUGCUAUGAGCAUUACGACAUCGUGAUCUGGUCCCAGACUUCAUGGAGGGCCUUGGAGGCAAAGGUUACGACCGUUGGAUUAUUGACACACCCGGACUAUAAGAUCUCAUUUGUAAUGGACAUCUCUACCAUGUUCUCAGUCAUGAGCCAGAGGGAUGGCAAGCCGUUUAGACAUCAGGUCAAAGCUCUGGAUAUCAUUUGGUCAAAGUUUCCUCAGUACACUGCCCGGAACACUGUCCAUGUCGAUGACCUAUCGCGCAAUUUUGCGAUGAAUCCACGAUCUGGAGUCAAAAUUGGCGCCUUCAAGAACGGAGCCCUAUCAAGACAUACAGACCGAGAGCUGUUUUAUCUGGCACGGUACCUGAUUAACAUCAGUAAAGCCCUCGAUUUCAAAGAGCUGGAUCAUAAGAACUGGAAGAGCCAUCGCAAGACUAUUUCAUGAAGAGAAUCCUAGAUAUCCACCCCCGCUAAUGAAUGUGCUUUUGUGUAUUUUUGCUCUGUUCAAAAUAAAUAAAUUCCGAGACCAGCAGAGAUCGCAUUGUCGCACAAAGUGCAAGCGAGACAAGGACUGCUUGUUGAAGAGAUUCUGAUGC